CCCACCCCCGGGACAUUAGAGACGGGGGGCGGGGCCACAGCGGCCACGAGCAACAUGGCGGCGGCCAGGCUCCGCUCCCUGCGCCGGCAGCUGGCGGUGCCGGUGAUCCCCUGGCGUGGAUACCGCGGGGAUUCCCCACCGGAUUCCGGGAAGGACGUGCUGGAGAUCCCGCUGCCCCCCUGGCAGGACCGUCCCCAGGAGCCGCUGGACACCAAGAGGGCCCGGCUGCUCUACGAGAGCAGGAAGAGGGGGAUGCUGGAAAACUGCAUCCUGCUCAGCCUCUUUGCCAAGGAAAACCUGGGCAAGAUGAGUGAGGAGCAGCUGAACCGCUACGACCGGCUCAUCAACGAGCCCAGUAACGACUGGGACAUCUAUUACUGGGCAACUGAAGCCAAGCCGGCUCCGGCGGAAUUUGAGCACGAUGUGCUGGACAUGCUCCGGGAAUUCGCCAGGAACAGGAACAGGGAGCAGCGGCUGCGGCAGCCAGACCUGGAAUACCUGUUUGAGCCCCAGCAGUGACGCCUCUGUGCCCAUUCCCUGGAGCAGCACAGGGACAUGGGGAUCUGUGGAAUUGCUGCUGCUUUCCCUGGGCUUCUCCUCUUCUGGCAGCCUCUGGACACUGUGGAAUGCUGGAAUGCUGAAUAAAGCCAGGGCUGCAGGCCCUGCUUCCCUA